CUCAGACUCCAAACUGAUCUCAUGCAGCCACUCCCAGCUUGAAGUUGAAGUGGAAGUUGAUGGGGGGGUGAACGCAGAAGCUCAAAUCUGAAGUGCGCAGGACGAAAGCUUGAAGAGACUGCUCAAUGGGUGGAGGUUGAUUGUGGCCGCUCUUUGGCUGCAUCAGGAGCUAUAACUUUCUCAAGGAUGGCGUCUGGAAGACAAAUCAAGUCGCUCAACAAGUCCUACUCCGGGCCAGGGACGAAGCGCUUUGUGUUCAAGAGCUUUGCCCAGCGGGUCGCCAGCGUCGACGUCGAUGUGUUCCGGAGCCUUGCGCCCGUCAAGUUUGAACCGACCGCCGGGACAUCGUUCUUCCAAGAGAAUCUGCUGCAAUGGAGGGAGCUCAACACUGCGGCCGACUUCAACCUGCUGUAUGGCGAGGUGUACCCGCUGGUGCAGAGCCUGCCGCAGCUGCUGCUGCACAAGAAGACGGUCGUUCGAGCCCUGCUCGCCAGGAUGCACAUUGGAGCGCUCCUCUCUUUGGAGCCCGUCCUGAGCCUGAUCGCCGUCCUCUCGCGCGACCUCCGCGAGGACUUCCUCCCGUUCGUGGCCCCGUUCCUGGGCGCGUGCCUGCGGCUGCUGGAGGGCGGCGCGGACCGCGAGCCGGACGUCCUGGAGCAGAUCUUCACGUCCGUGUCGUACGUCUUCAAGCACCUCGUCAAGUACCUCGCAAAAGACCUCACGCAGGCGCUCAAAUACACCCGGCUGAUCCGCUACCACCGGCGGGACUACGUCCGGGACUUCGCAGCUGAGGCAGUGUCCUUCCUCUUCCGCAAUGCCCCCCUGAAGCAGCUCAUCAAAGGUGUACGCCACCUUAUGAAGGAGGCUCAGAAGAACCCCACCGAAGAGAAGAUAACCGGCAUGGGCGCUCUUCUCGCUUACACCGUCAGAGGCGCCAAGGGAGGCCUCCAUAGCAAGGCCCCCGAGCUCCUCCAACUGAUGCUGGACAGAACCACCCUGAACGGGGGGGUGACAAUGGCAGCGGAAGGAAACCCCCAGAAGGACGCGGCCGCGAAUGCAGCAGUAUCGGUGGCGGUGGUCGCGGAGGCGGUCGAGCGGGUGUGCCAGAACACGACCCGGGAAAAGAGCGGGGUUAUGUGGGAAUGCCUGUUAGGGGAAGUCAACGGGCUAUUAGAGAUGGUUUCGGAGAAGGGUCUGGAUGAACCAGACAGGGUUAAGGACGCCUCGGACAAGGUUUCGGACAAACCGGACGGAGUAAUGGGCGGUUCGGACGCAGCUGAAGGUGCAGACCGGGGGAGUGCUCGGGAGGACUUGGCCCGGGCGCUGCAUCUGCUGAACAACGCUGUGGAGCACCACCGGGGUUCUCGGGUCUUGGACUACCGACCACUCUUCGCUCUCGCUCAGUCACUGCUGCAGCCGCAGAUUUUCAUAAACACCAAAGAUGGUUCAGGCACCGGGUUAGCACCCGGUUUGGGGACCGAACUCGAAGAAACCCCGACGCUCCAGAAAGAAACCCUACGGUUACUCUUGGCGUUAAUCGCCAGCCACGAGCGCAUUGCGGGCGCCAGCCAAGGGCCCUCCUCCGUGGCGCGAGCUGCUACCAUGUGGCAGCCCGCCUUCGACUUCUCCAACCCUCGGAACCUCAUCCCGUUUCUCCAAGCGCUCCUGAGCCCCGCCCGAGCAUAUUCAUUGCCGUUCUUCGCACACUCGAUGCUGACGUCCCUGGACCGUCUGAUCGGCGGCCAUCCGACGCCCGUGCUUCCGUUGCUCCUGGCAACCUGCCGGCGAAUCGAGCCCACGCCCUUGGCUACCCCCCUGCUUUUGGCUCAGUCCGGAGGAGGGGGAGACGGGAAGCACCAGAAUCUGGUGCGAUAUCUUACCAAUGCGGUGGCGGGAUAUACGGCGGCAGAGGGGCAGGGUUUGGCGGAGGUUUGGGCUGCCGUGCGACUUUUGCCGUAUGCGGAGGGCGAUGCGGACGCGGGCGCGCAGAGGGUUUGGGGUUUGGUGCAAAGUGUGAGGGCGCAGCUGGGGGACGGCGACAAACCUGACGCGGAGAGGCAGCAGUCCCAUGCUCAAGCCAGCACAAGCAGCAGCCAACCUGACGCUCCCCCGUCUAAACCCUCCAAACCCUCCGGCAAGGCGACGGCGCGGCUCGAGGCGCUCUUGGGCGCGGCUCUUGAAGUCCACACCGCAUUCUUACAGCGGAGCAAGCAGGGCAGCCUGGUGAAACACACGGAGGCGUACUUGGAGCUUGCGAAGAGUGCAUACAGCAGCCCGCAGGUUAUGGCAGCUGUGGCGGACUUUCUAGGGAUCAUCAGAGGGUCCCCCAAGCACCUGUCCAAGGCCCGGCCCCUCCUCUCCCAAAACGACGGCCUGGCCUUCAUCGAACUCUUGCACCCCAACCUGCGCUCCCCCGUCAAGCAGCUGCGCAUUGCCACUCUCCGGGUCCUUGGCGCCUUCGACCCGCUGACGUCACCCGUUGCGGAGAAGGAGGAGACGCAGUCUGGGAAAGUGGGCAAGAAGCGGAAAAAGGAGGAGCAGAGCACGGGGGAGCCGUAUCUGCUUUUCCAGCAAGUGCUGGAGAUUGAGACCGCCCCUCUCAAUUUGGAGGACUGCCGCCACAGCAGCUCCGUCAUAACCCGCCUGCGCGUCCACGCUGUCGCCGAUAGGCUACCGGCCGCUUAUCAUAAGCCGCUGGCGCAGGCCAUGCUGGGCGUGCUGAGGAUCCGGUUCAGCCUGCUGUGGGACGCGGCCAGGGAGACCUUGGCUGCGCUGUUACAGAAGGAGGAAGAGGCUCGGGGGCGUCAGGGUGUGAAGGAGCCCCUCGUGGUGUGGCCUGCGGUGUUAGCUGACCUGGAGGAGACGCAGGCGGCGUGGCUCAGGGGGGAGAGUGGCGGAAGGGGGGCUCCGACGGAAGGGGAUGAAGAGAACGGCGGAGAAGCAGUGCAAGAUCUCGAGACCUCUUUCGAAGCAGCAGCUUCUCCUGUUUUGGACGGCACCGACCUCCCCACCGUCACCGGACUCCUUCUUAGGACUCUCCAACAGUCCGCCCACGUGGCAGAGGCCCACAGCCGCCACGUGGUCCCCCUUCUUCUAGAUUUCGCUCACAUCCCGAAAAGCAAGACUUUCGGGCUUGGGGGCCCGUCCAAGGCCGUCGGAACCGUGGGCGAAGACAUGGACGAACUAGAGGGAGGAGAGUCAGUUUCUGGUAUCGUGUGGGGAAGUAAAGCGUGGCGGGAGGGGCUGAAGCACUGGCUGGCGCUGCUCGAGGAGCUGCGGAAUGCGCGCUCGCUGUUCCGGCAAGCGGAGGUCAAGGAUCUGCUGACGUCACGGCUGCUGCUCGACAGCGACCCGGCCGUCCAGCAGGCGGCGCUUGCGUGCCUGCUCAACUGGAAAGACCCCGAUCUAGUUCCCUACGCCGAGAACCUGCAGCGGUUGGUGGCGCCCAAAACGGCGCGUGACGAGAUCACACAUUGGGACAUCGGCCCAGACGGGGGGGCCGUUUUGGCUGAGCACCGGGGGGGGCUGAUGCGCGUGGUGAUCCACAUCAUGUACCCCAAGCUGAAGAAAAAGGCGACCAAGCAGACCAAUAAGGCGACUGCCGGCGUGCCGCGCGCAGCGGUGCUCGGCUUCUUGGCGAGGAUGAACCCGCGCGAGCUCGCUCCGUUCUUCAAGCUUCUAUUACAGCCCCUGAGCCCCGCGUUUAGAACUGGGGCCCCAGUUACGGGUUUUGGGGCCUUGCAAACCGAGCCCGGUUCCAAAACGUGGGAGGGGGAGCUAGAAAGCGGAGUGGGGGCCUCGUUUCUUGAGCGGGUGGACCCGGAUAAGCUGGCGGCCGUGCCAUAUAAACGGCGCGUCGGCUUUCUGCAUAUGGCGCGGGAGCUUAUUGAUAGCUGGGGGGAAGCUCUUUUGGGGCCGUACCUGCAUGGGCUUCUGGGGGUGACGGUGAGGAUUCUGGAGAGCGCUGGACGGAGUGGGGGGUGGGAAGACGGGGCAACUCCGGGGGGGGUGGAGACCGGGGAGGAAAACGGGGGGGAAAACGGGGGGGUCGAAGACGGGGCAGAUAAGGGGGGCCACACGGACGAAAGCGGCGAAGUGCCGGCGGCUGCUGUGGUUGGGAUCGAGACGACUGAAGCGCUGGAGGCGGGACUGAAUGAGACGGAUGGGCGGGAAGAGGAUGGAGGUCAAAAUGGUAGCCAAGAACGGAAGGAAGAUAGCGAGAAGCCAGGAAAGCAAGGAGCGGGUUCUUCGCAUCCAGCGGGAGGCAACGACAAGGACCUUCGCUCGCUGUCCCUGCGUGUGCUCUCCUCCGUGCUCUCCCGUUUCCCGACUCUAGUUGCCCCGGAAGUCGAAACCCUGAAAUCCAAGACCCUAGAACCCGAGGCGCGAAACACCCUAAGAGCAGCUCCCCCAAGCUACUGGGCGCUCUUCUUCGCCGCAAUGGCGGGGCCCAUUGCCCGAAUCAGAAACGACUCCGCCAGCAGCGACAAGCCCAGCGCACUGCUGACCUGUUUCUUGGCCAUGAGCCGGCACCCCGCCCUGGCGCCACUCCUGGCUUUCGACCCCAACCUAGUUCCCGGUCUGCUGUCCGUUCUCUCGAUUCCAGGCGCCUCUCAAGGCGUCAUCGGAACGGUUUUGACGAUAGUAGAAAACCUGCUGGAGAUGGAUUCGGAGGGGGGGGUAACAUCAGAGGACCAGUUGCUACUGCCGCACCUCCCCCUGCUGCUGACCAACCUCCAGCAACUUCUGACGCUCCAGAGGGAUCACCCUGGGGCCGGCAAAACCCGCAAGCCCUCCUUCCGGCGCGAGCUCGCGAUCCUGGUCACCGUCAGCCGGCACGUGACAGGUGGCGACGCGGCGGCGCAGCUGACGUCAGCGCUGAUGCCGCUGCUGAGGUCACCCGGGGGGAAGCGCAAGAUCGACGAGGAGGCGUGCGCGGCGGCGCUCAGGGUUCUGGAGGGUUUAGGUCGGGUUCUGGAACCCGAGAGCGUGGCGCAGUGCGUGCCAAUCCUGGCUCCGCUCUUCAUCUCGCUGCAAACCAGAGAGGCGAGGAAAGCGCUCAGCGGGGCGUUGGAGGGGUUAGCCGGGCGAGGUUCACCUGAGGUUUCUGCAAUUUCAAGGGCUGCUCCCAUGCAACUCACGGAGGGGUCGGCCGUUCAGCCCGUGGAGGUUAGAGUAACCCACGGAUAUGCCGCAGGUUCGAGCGGGGUUAAGCUUGGGUUAGCGCGUGUCGCGGGUCUGCUUUCUGACCUGAACGCAAUGGACCCGUCGGGCAUUGACGAGUGCGACUAUGGCCGGCGGCUGGACGCAUACGGGAAACUAGAGUCGGGAGAACUCGAGAAGAUGACGCGGCUCGAAGCGCAGCUGGUGCUUGGGCAGUGCCUGCACGACAUGCAAGAGGACGACCUCUCGCUGCGCAGUUCCGCCGCGCAUGCAAUCGAGGUGUUCAUCCGGUAUAUGGCGACAAUAGCGGAGUCCGGCACACCGGGGGCAGACGUCGACGCUGACGAGGGGCUCGUUGCGGCGGAUGCUGACGUCGGCGGCGCGGAGGCUGACGUCAUGGAGGAGGACGACGUUGAAGGUGCUGCCUUCAGCAAAGAGGACGCUGACGUCAGCGGUGUGAGCGCUCCUGCUGCUAAGGCGGAGGCGACGGGCGUGAAUGCGGUCGUAGGGAAACCGGGGGCCGCGGAAGGGCUUGAAGAGAAUGGACCGUUGGAUGGGCCCCGUGCGGUGGCUCUAGUAACCCGGCUGCUGCUGCCACAUGUCCGGAGGGGAUUGGCGUCUGAGAGCCUGGUCGUGCGCCGGGAGUACGUCCUGCUGUUCAGGGAGAUGAUUGCACGGCUGCCCGGCGUCCCGUCCUUGGCCGGCCUACGCAGCUUGCUGUCCGACGAUCUAGAGGCGGACGUUUUCCACAACAUCGUGCACCUGCAGGUCCACCGUCGUAUCCGCGCCAUUGGCCGCUUCCGAGCGCUUUGCGACCAGGGCCACUUCCAUCAGGGCUCGCUGAUGACCAUCUUCGUCCCGCUGUUCUCGCAAUCGCUCUUCGAGGCCAAGGGCGACAAGGAAGGCAACCUGGUCGAGGCCGCGGUCGCCGCAAUCGCCACCAUGGCGGGCCAACUAGAGUGGGGCACCUACUACGGCCUCUUGAUGCGCCUCUUCAAGCUGACGUCAGGCAAGGGCGUCCCGCACCAGCGCGCGAUCGUGCGCGCGGUUUGCGGGGUGCUGGAACGGUUCCACUUCUUUGUCGGCGAGGAGGAGGGUCCCAACGAGGAGCGCUUCGUGGGGACAGUCCUUGGGGUAGGCGAGGGGGGCGGAACCGGCGGGGGCGGGGUGGGGGGUUCGGUUGCACCUCCCGGUGUGACUUUGGGGCUAGACGCGCAGACGGGGGGUCAGAUUGCGAAGUCAAACGGAACGGAAAAUGGCGAUCAGAAGCGAAACGAGGGUGAGAAAGACGCGGGGGAAAAAGGAAGCGGCGCCCACGGCGGAGAAGCGAACGGAACGCCGGAAAGUACCGGAACGGAGCCGGGAAGUACCGGAACGGAGCCGGAAACGCCCGGAACCGCCACUCCAGCAAAUGCGGGCGUCAAGUCUGCCGGGGGGAGGCUCGUUCCGGGGCCGAUCCAGGCCCUGCUGCUGAAACGCGUCUUCCCCGAGCUGCGCAAGAGCAUGAUCGAGGAGCCGGACAAGAAGGGCGACGACGGGCUGGUGAGCACCCCGGUAACGCUGGCCCUGGUCCAGGUGCUGGCGUUACUCCCCCCCCGCGCGAUGGAGGUGGAGCUGCCGCGGCUGCUGCACGAGGUGGCGAACCUGCUCAAGAGCCGCGCGCAGUGGGUCAGGGACGCGGCGAGGGGGGCCAUCGUGGCGGCGGCGCAGGCGCUGGGGGCCAGGUACCUCCACUUCAUCGUCGAGACGCUCUCGUCGAGCCUCACUCGCGGCUACCAGGUCCACGUGCUCGGCUACACCCUGCACGCGGUUCUCGUCAAAACCCUGCCGUCGGUUAAGAGCGGCGAGAUCGACUACUGCCUGGGAGGAAUGACUCCCAUCAUCGAAGAGGACAUUUUGGGCGAAACGGGAGAGGAAAAAGACGUGGAGGGGCUGGCGAAGAAGAUGAAGGAGACGCGGCAUACGAUGUCGUACGAGAGCCUGCGGUUACUUGCGCAGGCGGGCGGGUUUGCGGCGGUUUGCAGGGAGUUAGUGGGGGUGGUUAGGGCUAACCUGCCCCGGUCGCUGAACCCGAAGAUCAAAGGGAAGCUCGACGAGAUGCUGAGGAACAUCGCGUCGGGGUUGAUUCAAAACCCCGCGACUGGGGGGCUGGAGGUUUUGGUGUUAACCCACGGGUUAGUGGAGGACGGGUUAACCUGGGAGGCGGAUCAGGCGGCCAGUAAGAGGAAGAAGAAGGACGACAAGCAGGCGCGGUCCACGGGGGGGAACCUCAAGACGGUUCUGGACAAAGUGGGCAUCAGCCUGGGGAAGCGGGAAGCUUUAGAGGGCCCCGCGGAGGAGCCAACCGUGCCUAACCAACAGAUGCUGAUGGAGUUCGGGUUGCAGUUGAUGCACAGCUGCUUCAAGCGGAACAAGAUCAACGGCUCAGAUCCGAAGCUGGCGCCGCUCCUUAACCCCAUGGUCGAGCUCCUUAACCGGUGCCUCGACUCGCGCCACGACUCGGUGCUUGCCCUCGCGAUGAAGAAUCUGGGUUAUCUGGUCCGGACGCCGCUAACCGCGAUCCGGACUUCGGAACCCGAGAUUGCGGACCGGCUCUUUGUGAUCGUUCGGCGGUCGGGCCGUGCCGCGUCGCCUCUCCUUCAGGAAAGCCUGAAGCUCCUAACCACCCUGCUGCGCUAUGGGAAGGAGGCCAAGUUUUCCGAAGCCCAGCUGCGGGUUAUCCUAAUUGCGCCGGUUUUCAUCGACUUGGAGGAGGGCACGACGAGAGCGACGGCGUUCGGGCUGCUGAAAGCGAUCGUCGGGCGAAAACUAGUCGUUCCCGAGAUGUACGAUCUUAUGAUACGAGUCGGGCAGCUUAUGGUCCGGAGCCAGGACACGACCGUCCGAACGCUCUGCAGCCAAACGCUCCUCCAGUUCCUUCUAGACUUCCCCCUGGGCCAGCGCCGCCUGCAGCAACACCUAGAGUUCCUCGCCGCGAAUCUCGCGUACGAGCACCCGUCGGGCCGCGAGGCCGCCCUCGAAAUGAUCCACGCGGUGCUGGUCAAGUUCCCGCCCGAGAUCGUCGACGAGAACGGCGACUUUUUCUUCCUCCCCCUAGUUACCCGCCUGGUUAACGACGAUAAGCAGCAGUGCCGCGCGAUGGUGGGGGCGGUUCUGAAAGUGCUGAUGGGGCGGGUGGGAAGCGCGGCGCGGCAGCGGAUGAUCGAUUUUGCGAUGGCGUGGUAUGGAGGGGAGAGGCGCGAGCUGUGGCGGCCAGCCGCGCAGGUGCUGGGCUUCGGUGUCGAGGUCCUCGGCCCUGCCUUCAAGCGCCACGUGGCAGCCUGGCGCGCCGCGGCGCUCGCGAUGCUCGACCGCUGCCAGAACGCGCUCGAGGGAUCCCCCGAGGCGGCAGCAGAGGAGGGAUCCCCCUCGGAUGACGGCCAGCCCGCGGCGCCCAUGUGGCAGGAGGCUUACUUCACGCUGACGUCAGCGGAGAAGCUCUUCCAGAAGCUGCCAGAGUUGGUGCUGAGCGCGCAAUUCCAGGCAUUCUGGGAGCACGUGUCCGCCCAUUUGCUCCAUCGUCACCUGUGGGUCCGCAAAGCCGCCGGCCGCCUCGUGGGGGGGCUGUUCGCAGCCCUGCCGCAGCCCACAAGGGAACCCCCCGGCUGGGCGGGGGAAACGAUUCUGAGCCCCCCCGAAGGACUGCAGCGCGUGGCAGCGUCGCUGUGCCAGCAACUAGAGGCGGAAGUAGUUGACGAGAAGCUGGCGGAACAGGGGGUUAAGAACCUGGUUUACGUCGCAACCGCUAUGCACGCAGUGCUGGAGGCCGGGGUAAAGCCCGGGGUUAAUGGAGCGAACGGGCGUCUGGAGAGUGAGGGAAAGCAUGCCGGAAACGGGUUAGGAGACGGGUUAGCGAACGGGGGCGAAGAGGGUUUGGAGACAGGGGAGGAGGACGAACUAGAGGCGGGGUCGGAAGAGGGCCGGUGGCAGCGGGAUCGGUGCCCCACGCUGAAGUCGCUUUUCCGGAGGAUCGCCAGGAUUGCUCUCAGAGUGGAGCCAAUACAGAGCGCGGCCGCUUUGCGGUGGUUUGCAGCGGUGGCCACCGCGCUGGGCGGCGCUGCGGUGCGGCCCCACCUCCCCGAGCUGGUGGUGCCCCUCUACCGCCUCGCUGAGGGCAACGCCGCCAAGACCGUGCCAGAUGAUCUGAAGGCCCUGGCGGAAGAGGUGAUGGGCCUGGUCCGGGACUCCGUGGGCGUGUCCGAUUUCGUGUCCGCAUACAACGCCGUCCGUCAGGACGUGAAGGUCUCACGGGAAGACCGGAAGCGGAAGGCGGCGAUUGCGGCUCUGGUCGACCCGGAGCGAGUGGCUAAGAGGAAGAUUGCCUCGGGGCAGAAGCGGCAGGCGCAAAAGAAGAGGAAAAUUGAGGAGCAUAGGAGGAGCGAUGGGCGCGCUAGACGAUAGUCUGUACAUUGUUGUCACUGUAGAAAGAGAGAGAUAUUAUGCAGAUGACAUUGACAAGUCAAUUGUUGGGCAUGCUUAAUGCAACGGAUCUUGGGCCGCCAAUGUAACGAUACGCUCUUGAGAGAGACUGAUGCUUCGAUUGUAGUAGAUUUUUUUGAAGUCUACUAGCUCGAAAGGAAGUAGAUGUACCUAGACCUUACAAUUACAAAGAGUUCUUAUUGCCCAUACUAAAGUUGCCUUCCGUUCAAGGCAGGAGCAACUCCACAUGGG